CUAACUUUAAGUAUCAAUUAACAAAGACAUCAUCAAACAUUGGACUCAACAGAUAGAGAGACGUAAGAAAAUGGCUUUGCAAGGAACCGGCUCUCUAAUUGUUCCUUCUGUUCAAGAGUUAGUAAAACAACCCAUUACCAAAAUUCCAGAACGAUAUAUUCAUCCAAAUCAAGACCCUGUUGUUGAAUCUCACACAAAUUCUUUACCACAAGUUCCCAUUAUCGACCUAAGUAAAUUGUUGUUUGAUGAUGCAACUGAGCUAGAUAAGCUCGACCAAGCUUGCAGAGAAUGGGGUUUCUUCCAGCUGAUUAACCAUGGAGUCAACAUUUCACUGGUUGAAAAUAUGAAGAUAGGUGUUGAACAAUUUUUCAACCUUCCAAUGGAAGAGAAGAAGGAAAAUUUUUGGCAAACACCAAAUGAUAUACAAGGGUUUGGUCAGUUGUUUGUUGUAUCUGAUGAACAAAAGCUAGAAUGGGCAGACAUGUUCUACAUUAACACUUUACCAUUAGACUCAAGGCAUCCCCAUCUAAUUCCUAAUAUUCCCAAGCCAUUCAGAGAUCAUCUAGAGACUUAUUGUUUAGAACUGAAAAACAUAGUUAUCACAAUAAUUGGUCAAAUGGAGAAAGCUUUGAAGAUCAAAACUAAUGAACUAGUAGAGUUAUUUGAAGAUAUAUGUCAAGGAAUGAGGAUGAAUUACUAUCCUCCAUGUCCACAGCCAGAGCAUGUCAUUGGACUCAAUGCUCAUUCUGACAUGGGUUGCUUAUCCAUUGUUCUCCAAGCAAAUGGUGUUGAAGGCCUCCAAAUAAGAAAAGAUGGACAAUGGAUUUCAGCUAAACCCCUUCCUAAUGCUUUUGUUAUCAACGUUGGAGACAUGUUGGAGAUAUUCACCAAUGGAAUUUACCGAAGCAUUGAACAUCGAGGAAUAGUGAAUACAGAGAAGGAGAGGAUCUCGGUCGCGACAUUUCAUAGACUUCAUAUGAGCAGAAUUAUAGGUCCAACACCAAGCCUUAUUACUGCUGAAAGACCUGCAUUGUUCAAAACAAUUUCUGUUGCUGAUUACAUUAAAGCAUAUCUUUCACAUGAGCUAAAAGGGAAAUCACACUUGGAUGUUGUAAGGAUUCAAAAGGAGAAUGGUAAAUAAUUUCGAAUAAAAUGAUUAAAAUGCAGAACAAG